CGGGAUUUGACAGGUGGUAGUGCAGAGCAGAAUCUCCGUGACGUUCCAGCAAAUUUCGAAACUUCAAACGAACAGUUUUCGAAAGUUGGGGGAAAUCAUAACCUCAAGUGUUAAGUCAAACUUAUCAGGAGGCAAUUGGUCUUCCGCAAUGGAUCCUCAGAUUCGGAAUUUUAGGGACUUCCUACAGUUGUACAACAAAAUCACGGAACUCUGUUUCUCUCAUUGUGUGGACAAUUUCUUCAGUCGGGAGACAAGUCGGGAAGAGGCAGCAUGUUUGGACAAAUGCGUGCAGAAAUUCACUCGAGUCAAUCAGCGCAUCAUGAAUGUUUACGUUGAAGUGCAAACGGGAAUCAACGAACGUCGAGUAGCCGAAAUGGAAGCCCAAGCUCAAUCUCAAACGCUGGCAUCAACAGAGCAACAACAAGCGAUUCCGACAGCCAAUCAAAGUGACUCCUUUGCAGACUCCAACACUAUGCCCCAGAUUGAAGUGAAAACACCACAGGAAGCUGAUAACGCCGUCAGAUAACAACAAAUGAAUGCCAUAUUUUUCAUCCUAGACUCUUAGUUGCAUACGGCUAGAAGACCUUUACUAUGUUAAGAAGGAUCACUGAGCUUCAAAUGUAAAAAACCAAACGCUACAUGGGAUACUGUAGGAAUCUUAUAUAUAUUUCAUGUUUCCAAAAAAUUAGAUGUUGCUUAAAAUAAAAAGGGGCAUAUUAUUUAAAACUAGA